ACCAAGAUCCCUCCAAAAAUGGCUCAACACUCUUUUCUCCUCUUAUGCUUCUUCCUCUCAAUCUCUUAUUUACUAUCUUCCUGCCAAACUGAAGCCACCGCAAUCGAAAGAUUGGUGCCAAGAGACCUCUACAACAAAAUUUUCAUCCACAAGGACAAUACCGCUUGUCCCGCAAACGGUUUCUACACUUACGAAUCCUUUGUGCAGGCGACAAGGCGGUUUCCGAGAUUCGCGAGCGUAGGAAGCCCCGCGACACAGCGGCUCGAAGUGGCUGCGUUUUUGGCUCAGAUUUCACACGAGACAACAGGAGGAUGGGCAACGGCACCAGACGGACCGUACGCUUGGGGAUUGUGCUUUAAAGAAGAAGUGAGUCCACAAAGCAAUUAUUGUGAUUCUUCUAAUACGCAGUGGCCUUGUUUCCCUAGCAAGACUUAUCAAGGAAGAGGUCCAAUUCAACUAUCGUGGAACUAUAAUUACGGACCGGCCGGUCGAGCCCUAGGAUUUGACGGUCUAAAGAAUCCAGAAACGGUGUCAAAUAAUUCAGUGAUAGCUUUCCAAACAGCACUUUGGUUUUGGAUGACGCCGCAGAGUCCCAAACCGUCGUGCCAUGACGUCAUGAUCGGAAAAUACCGACCUACGGCGGCGGAUUUGGCGGCUAACCGGACCAGCGGUUUUGGUUUAACCACAAACAUAAUAAACGGCGGUUUAGAGUGUGGGAUUCCUGGAGACGGGCGGGUCAAUGACCGGAUCGGGUUUUUUCAGAGAUAUACUGGGCUGUUUAAAGUAGCAACUGGGCCUAAUUUGGACUGUGAAAAUCAAAGGCCCUUUGCUUAAACAAUUAAUUUGGUUGACCCAAAAUAUGUAAUGUUUCAUAAACAAAAGUCAACAUGUAUGUUUAUGUCAUUGCCCCACACAUGGAGCCAUGAAGGGGUUUUAUAUAUUGAAUAAUGUAUUUUUUUCUAUGGGUCGUCUUUCAAUUUAAUGUGAUUUGAUGGUUUUAAUCUCAACUACUACCUAAUAAAAAAUUAAUUGACAC